AUGGCUGGCGGCACGGGUUUCCGCAUGGUGCCCCCGGGAGACGAGACCAGCGAGAGCGACGACGAUGGCUGGGAUAUCGGGUUCGUGUCCCAGGCACAGUGUUUAGAUGAAACCUUGCAUACCCAGGAUAGAAAUGAAGUUUUGAAAAAAGCAUUAACUGCUGGAAACUUGUCUGUCAUUGAAGAACUCUUAAAUACAGGCACAAAUGUAGAGUCUACCCUUAAGUUUGGAUGGACUCCCCUCAUGUAUGCAGCCAGUGUUGCAAAUGUGGAACUUAUGCAUCUCCUUCUGGGCAGAGGUGCAAAUGCAAGCUUUGAGAAGGAUCAUUAUACAGUAUUGAUGGCCGCAUGUACUGCGUAUGGUUCAGAAGAGCAGAUUUUAAAGAGUGUAGAACUACUGCUUUCAAGGAAUGCAAAUCCUAAUGCUGCAUGCAAGAAGAAAAUGACUCCAUUAAUGUAUGCAGCCCGAGAAGGCCAUCCUCAAGUUGUUGCUCUCCUUGUUGCCCGUGGAUCACAAGUAAAUGCCCAAGAUGAAAGCGGUUACACUGCAUUAGCAUGGGCAGCGCGCCAAGGCCAUAAAAAAGUAGUGUUCAAGCUGCUUGAACUAGGAGCUGAUAAAUCAAUACAGACAAAAGAUGGCCAGACCCCAGGAGAGAUUGCAAAGAACAACAGGCAUUCAGAGCUUUUCAGUUUACUUUCUCUGACUGCAAAUCCCUUCCAAAGAAAGUUCCAGAACUUGGCUAAAGAAGGACCAAUUCACAGACUUAUGAACACAGUCCCAGAUGCCCUCACAAGCCAUAAAAGCAGUUCCUAUGCAGCUUUUAGUGACCUGGAAGUCUUUCUACAUGGUCUUGGACUUGAACAUAUAACAGAAUUACUGAAGGAGAGAGAAAUACCUUUAAGACAACUUAUGACAAUGGGAAAAGAAGACUUUAUACAGAUUGGCAUCAGAAAUAUUAGAGAUCAACAAAAAAUCUUAGAUGCUGUUAAAGAACUACAGAUAGAAGAAGUAAAGUUAGAAGACCUGCCUGCAGUGACAAAUUUGGAAUUCAGUGGUGAUGAAUUUCUUUCCUUUCUUGUGAAACUAAACAGACAGUGCAUUCAACUUAAAACUGCUGUGCAGAGUGUUGUUAGUCAGUUUCCUACAGAUGCUCAUAAGUUGGUUUUUGAAUGGAGUCCACCCCACAGUCUUGCUAAAGUGUGUGAAAACCUAAUUUCUAGUGCUGAAGAUCUAAGUGGAGAAGCUGUAAAACUAAAAAAGGUCGUGAAUAAGCUCCAAGAUGGACAGAAUGAUGAUCCUUGUCGAAUACAAGCUUUGGUGGAAGAUGGCAGAUGGAAGAAGACUUUUUUAAAAAUUGCAGUAGUAACUGUAGUUGGGUCUGGAUGUAUUUUCUUUAUUUUCAAGUUAACUCUAAGGAACAAUUAA